CUUUACAGCAGACGGUGAAUGUCUGUAGAAGUGAAGAAGCAGGAAGAGCAAAUGAAAAAAUUCUUAGUGGACGAUCCGGUGUGUCGGCGGUUAAAUCUUCAUACAAGCAAAGGGACAAAUCGACGGAGUGUGAUAAGUGCGGUCGGGCUUCUCAUUUGGGUGGAGUGGUAUGUCCAGCUACGGGAAAGACGUGCCAUAUCUGUGGAAAACCAGACAAUUUUUCCCCUAAAUGCCCGAAUCGUGAGAAAAGGGAAAAGCAGCACUAAUGGGGGAUUUGGCGGGGGUUCCAAAACGAAAAUGGCCCACAUCACCAUCGGCAAUGUCCAGACCAGCCAUCGGCGACGAGGUUCUCCCACUAUUUCUUUGACGGUGAGCCGCGGGGACGACGCGGACCGCGUUACAACAAUUCAAGCUACACCUGAUCCGGGAGCAGAGGUAACGGUGGGUGGACGUGAUGUGAUGGAAGCUAUCGGCGUAACAGAAGAAGAUUUAGCUACGUCAUCGUUCGAUUUAGUCAUGGCAGACCGUUCAACGCCGUUGCUAUCCAUUGGCCAACGCGACAUCCGGGUUCGAUAUGGCGAUCGAGACGCGCGGAUCACGGUAGUGUUUUGCCCGGAAAUCCAGGGAAUGCUGGUGUGUCGGGUGGAUUGUGUCAGCCUGGAUAUUCUACAUAAAGAAUAUCCAAAGCCUUUGUCUACGGUGCGCUCAGUGCUAGUGGGGUGGUGGGGACAUCUUUCUCCACCGGAAACGCAAAAGGAGGAAAUACCCACACUCAGUGAGCCUGUGCUCCGGGACGUUUAUAUCCCUCUGGAACCAAAGGCAGAUAAAAUAGCGGCGAUUGAGUUGGCUAUUGUUGCACGAUUCAGUGAUGUUUUUGACCAGGAAGGAGGAUUGCGACAAAUGGCGGGCACGGACAUGGUUAUUCAGUUAAGAGACGAUGCGGUACCGUACUACGUCAACGGCGCACGUUCCAUCGCAUUCGAUGAUAGGCCGGAAGUGAAAGGUUUAUUGGACGAAUUGGUGGCUAAAAAAGUGAUCGAACCCGUUAGUGAUGCAUCGGAGUGGGCGGCACCGCUGGUAGUCAUACGAAACGCUAAAACUGGAAAGCUUCGGUUAUGUGUCGAUCAAACACGAUUGAACAGAUUUGUGAUGCGGCCGGUUUUUUACCAGUUUGGAUGCCACGAAUGGGUAUUUUCAGAUACCUCUCCAUCCAUCCAGCCAGCAUUUGACGGUAUUCAUGACGCCAUGGGGCCGUUAUAAGUUUCUUCGGGCACCUAUGGGUUUAUGUUCGUCGGGAGAUGAAUACAAUCGAAGAGCUGAUAUGGCAUUUGCAGCAAUACCAAAUACGGUCCGGGUCGUGGACGACUUGCUUCGUUUUGACCGUACGUUCCCGGCGCAUGUGGCCGGAGUAUGUGCAAUUUUGCUGGCGGCAAGAAAAGCCGGAAUAACUUUCAGUAAGGAGAAAUUCAAGUUUGCGCGAUCCCACCUAUCCUGGGUGGGAUAUGACAUACAACAUGGUGGAAUAUCUAUCGAAAAGGAGAAAUUAAAUGCUCUAUCGCAAUUUCCUCGUCCGACAAAUAUCUCAGAGCUCCGUUCUUUCAUGGGCCUCGUGGAGCAGUUGGCGGGAUUCUCUACCGAAGUGGCAGCAGCGAAAGGACCCCUUCGGCCCCUCCUCAGUACCCGCAACCCAUUUAUAUGGACACCGGAUCACGAACAAGCUUUCGAAAAUGUGAAAUUGGCCCUUGUGUCGCCACCUGUGUUAGUCCAUUUUGAGCCGGAUCGCGAAACAACACUUCAAGUGGAUGCGUCCAGGAAAAACGGGAUGGGCUAUGCCCUGUUGCAGCGUCACGGCGACACUUGGAAGUUAGUCGACGCCAAUUCACGAUGGUGAACAGAUACCGAAUCCCGAUAUGCUAUUGUGGAACUGGAGCUGGCAGCAGUGGAGUGGGCGAUAAGGAAGUGCCGCCUUUAUCUAUCCGGUUUACCAACAUUCACCGUAAUGGUGGACCAUCAAGCUUUGGUAGCUAUUUUAGAUUAAUACACACUAGAUGCCAUCGAGAACCCAAAAAUUCAACGUCUUAAGGAACGCUUAUCCACGUAUUCGUUCACGACAAUUUGGCGCAAAGGAAAAGAUCACGCUAUACCAGAUGCGCUCUCUCGAGCCCCGGUCAACGAUCCAGCAAAAGAUGACGAGUGUGUUGGAACGGAGCUAGCGUAUUCUAUUCAACAAGCAGUCAUUCAAAAUGUCAACACCAUCUGUCACCUGGACGAUGAGUCAGAGGGGCCCGACCAGUUGGUUGAUUCAUUAUUGUUAGAAUUGCGAAGUGCGGCCACAACCGAUUCAAAAUAUGCCGACCUCAUCAAAGCGGUGGAAUCGGGAUUUCAGUCUAGUCGCCAGCAAUAUCCGGAUCACGUUCGACAAUUCUGGUCCAUCCGUCACCAAUUGGCUGUAGAAGACGGGAUUAUUCUAUUUGGAUCAAGAAUAGUGGUGCCUCUGGCGGCACGGCGCGAGAUCCUUCGUAAGCUCCAUAGUGCUCAUCAAGGAAUCGUUCGUACCAAGAGGCACGCUCAACAAACAGUCUUUUGGCCAGGUAUCACAAAUGACAUCACCAUGCUCGUCGAACAAUGUUCACCAUGCCAGGAGCGCCUUCCGAGUCAAUGUCAAGAACCCAUGUUGACUGACCCCCUUCCGACGUUCGUGUUUGAAGACGUAUCUGCGGAUUUGUUUCAGUACGGAUCACUUCAUGUUUUGGUGUACGCUGACCGCCUCUCAGGUUGGCCGGUGGUUCAUCAGUGGCGUCAAGAUCCCACAGCCCGUGAAGUGACUCAAGCAAUCCUCAGUAACUUCGUUGAACUCGGUGUGCCGAUGCGAUUUCGUUCAGACAAUGGCCCUCAAUUCGACGCCGGCGUGUUCCAGGAAGCUUUGCGCCGUUGGGGCGUGGUUUGGGGAAAUUCUACGCCACAUUAUCAUCAGAGCAAUGGACACGCGGAGGCGGCCGUGAAAGCGGUGAAGGAACUGGUGGCCAAGGUCGCACCGUCCGGGGAUUUGUCAUCAGAGUUGUUUCUGGCCGGAUUAUUAGAAUUCCGUAAUACCCCUCAUGAAUGCGGAUUGUCACCGGCGCAAAUCGUCUUUGGACAUCAACUUCGAUCGAUCAUCCCGGCGCAUCGCUCAUCGUAUGCUCAGCACUGGAAGGCGGCGGCGGCAGCACGAGAACGGCAGGCGGAAGCACAGGCGGCGAGUAAAUUACGUUACGAUUCACGUACCCGCCCUCUAUCUCCCUUACCUAUUGGACAAACGGUGCGGAUACAGGAUCCUAAGUCUAAGCUAUGGAGUCACGUUGGGGUCAUUGUGGCCGUCGGCCGCUACAGAUUGUACCGAAUAAAAUUUGCCAGCGGCAGUGUGUUAUGGCGGAACCGGCGGUUUUUACGUCCUAUGGUUGCGAAUCCAUCCGAGGAGGCAGGUGAUGCAGAAGAACAUCCAGGUGUUGAAGGCGAUGGUGGUUUUGGCAGCGAACCAGGUGUUAAUGGCGAUGGUGGUCCAUGCGGCGAGGAUAAUCGGCCUACUUCACACCCAUGUCAUCCCGCGGAUCCAUCGGCAUUGCAGAGAAGCAGUCGAAUGCGCAAGCCUCGUACAAUUAUAUCUAUGUGAUUGGUCGAUAACGUGUGUUAUUUUGUUUUCUUCGGAUGUUCGCACUCUUGUCUAAAUGGUAUGUGUGUUAUGAAGCCGUUGUUCCCUCGGUGUAGUGUAUUCGUGAACAUCGGCUUGGGAAGGGUUGUGUUAUAUCCAUGUAUGUGAGCGUAAGGCUAGAGGGCGCUGUGAUGGCAAGCGUGUCGCCCUCCAACGGCGAGGAGUGAGGGGGGUCACUCGAGCUUGCGCUAGCAACACAGAAAGUCUGUCAUGC